AUACAGAGAUACAAUAUGCUUCCCACAGUACAGAGAUCAUUCAGACAAGUGUCCACCCUAUCUACAAUCAGAGGACUCCAUAAACCCGCACUAGAUGUCAUGGACCGACCCAACCCCGAGGAGACUGUAACCAGCAGCUUUGGUCGAUUCAUCCAGAGAGUGCAGCCAAGUCAUCUGUCACCAGUCGUACUCCAAAGAAGCAAACGCAUGGUGCUGGACAGCAUUGGUGUAGGACUGCUGGGUAGCACCACUGAAGUGUUUGAACUUGCACUUCAGCAUUGCCAGCACAUGUACGCUCCCGAUGACAUCAGCUUUGUUUAUGGGCGCAGUGGAACAAAGCUUUCCCCAACCCUAGCUGCCUUAGUCAAUGGAGUAGCAGUUCAUUCUAUGGACUUUGAUGAUACUUGGCACCCUGCAACUCAUCCCUCUGGUGCAGUGCUUCCUGCUCUUCUUGCCAUUUGUGACAUGUUUCCCAAAAACAGCAAGCCAAGUGGUCUGGACCUCCUAAUGGCCUUUAACAUUGGUAUUGAGAUGCAAGGUCGCCUGAUGAGAUUCUCCAAUGAAGCCCACAACAUUCCUAAAAGGUUCCAUCCCCCUAGUGUCGUGGGGACACUGGGAAGUGCUGCUGCCUGUGCCCGGCUCCUUUCCCUCGACCAUUCUCAGUGCAGCCAUGCCUUGGCCAUCGCUGCCUCAUUAGCAGGGGCGCCAAUGGCCAAUGCUGCCACUCAGUCCAAGCCUCUGCACAUUGGUAAUGCCUCUCGUCUGGGCCUUGAAGCUGCCCUGCUAGCCUCACGUGGGCUGGAGGCAAGCCCCCUGGUCCUGGAUGGAGUUCCUGGGGUAGCUGGUUUUAGUGCAUUUUAUGAAGACUAUAGCCCAAGGCCGAUGGUGUUGCCCGAAGAGGCAGAGCACACAUUCCUUUUGGAGACACAAGAUAUUGCCUUUAAGCGAUUUCCAGCCCACUUGGGCAUGCACUGGGUUGCUGAUGCUGCUGCCCAUGUCCACAAGGCUUUGCUGCAUCUUUCUGAUGGAGUCAUCUCCCCAAACUCAGUGCAGGAAAUCCUACUACGGGUGCCACAUUCAAAGUAUAUAAAUCGGCCCUUCCCAGAGUCAGAGCACCAGGCACGUCACUCCUUCCAGUUCAAUGCUUGCACCACUCUGCUCGAUGGCCAGGUAACAGUGCAGUCCUUUCAGCCUGAAGCACUACUGAGGCCAGAGCUUCAUGCCCUGCUCUCCCGCGUCCGUGUAGAGCACCCCCAGGACAAUCCAGCCAACUUUGACCGCAUGUAUGGUGAAGUGCAGGUCACUUUAGUGAAUGGCAUUGUGUUACAAGGUCAUUGUGACACCUUCUAUGGCCAUUGGAGGAAGCCACUGAGUGAUGAGAGCCUGCAGAAAAAGUUCCGCAAUAAUGCAAGUGUAGUGGUGCCACCAGAGAAAGUGAAUGGCCUUAUAGAAGCUGUGGAGGGGUUGGAGUUUCUGUCUAACUGCGAACCACUGCUAGCUCAGCUGCAGUAAACAGCUUGUUUAUGUUCAUGUCUAAAUCAACUACUUUUGUACUGAAGGACAGUUACUUUAAAGGAAAAUCUUGUGAAAAUAAUGGUUAUUUAUAGAAUUAUUUCUUUUUCUUUUAAUUUGUUGUAGCUGUUUCUCUGAAAAAACAGUAGCACUGAGACAUACAAUAUGGUAAUUUAUUAUAAAGUGAAAUUAGUUGUAGACAACUAUAUUUCUAUAC